CUCCCUUGGACUAUAAUUUGCACAGAUACAGUUUUGAUUAGACUAGACCCUAAAUGAUUUACUAUAAUAACGAAUAGUUUACUAAAACUAUGUCAUAUCAUGUUGCCAGCACAAAAUCUGUUGGGUACAAGAGAAACCUGUUUGUUUUCCAUUAUAUGUCAGUACAAAGCGAAAGUGUGACAUUCAUGGUGAAGUUGGCCAAAUGGCCCACCUUAUUAAAUUUAGUGGACUUAAAUCUUGCUGUUUGUAGUAAUGACUGAACAGUAUAUCCUCUAGUUUGCAGUAGUAUAUUUUCAUCUAUGGUGGUUUUUUUCGUUGAAGGGGGUCUUGAAAUGAGGAUUCUGCACAUAAUUAUUUUAAUCACUUAAUUCGAUGCUUUGAAAAAAUGAGCCUGCCUUGUUGAAGUUAGAGCUUGUCUGUGAAAAAUCUGAUUUUGUGCUCAGUAAAGUACUAAUCUAUAUAGGUAUCCAGCUAAUUCGUUCAUUCGUGUACAAAGGAGGAAUAAGCUUUUUGCAUAGAAGUAGGAAAAAACUGAACCAUGUCUUUGUUUGGAAAAUUCAGCUAGAGAUAGUCAGAUUAGUAGAUUAAUUGGCGGAAUUUCAGAUGUUUGAUUGUUCUGUGCUAAAGCUCGUGCAGUUUUAUUUCUAGUGGUAUAUGAGGGGAACUAAGCUCUGGUUUCUGUGCACAUGGAUGACUAUGCCGAGGGAAGGUUUUUUCAAUGAGACUAAGAUUGUAAGAAAAUUUCAAUUGUGAUGCAUGAAACAAAAUUUCUUAUGGUGGGUGGGGAAACCCGAAUUUGCUUUUCCAAAUUAUGAAAAUUUGAGGAUGAAUUCUGUUUGUAUAGUCCAGGUUAGUUGUGGUAGGAUUUGAUGGGGAACCGAUUCUUGGUUUAGAGUAUACGGAGAAGGUAUGUAAGUUGAGGAGUAAGCUUGUCUAUAUUUGUUUGAGAAUCGCUGGUAGUUGAGAAAAACCCAGGUUUUGUUUUUGCAGAAUUCAUUACAGAAGCGUAAAAGUGGGUUAGCAAUAUGAAAGGAAAAUUACUGUUUUGGUUGUUCUGAAAGUUCCGAUCCUAAGUGUUUUAGGCAUCUUUGAUGGGUUUCAUGUAUUCCCAACUCUGCUACCAUCAGAAAGGAAGCUUGCCAUUCUAAUUGAAGGCUGAGCUUGUUAAUCUAAUUUGGUUCUGUGACGUCCAGUAAUACUACUGCUUCACCUUUCAUGCGGAUUAUUACAGUACUAAGAGUACCUCUAUUGCUAUGUCUUAGCUCUCUCUAGUUUUCCAUUAAACAAGCUAUCUUGGCAUGUUGGUUCUUCCAAAUUACUAUCAAAACACAUCUAUUUUGGCUUUCUGAUUUUUUCAAUUGAAAUUAAUGACAAUAAUCUGCAAGUUAUCAAGACACAAGCGUCUGGCUUGUCCUCUGAAACAAACACCUACAGUAAUGUCAAUGAAUCAUUUUCAGCCUCCCCGAAUUAUCAUUCAUCCAGUCUUGGUUUUGGCUGUUGCAUCCCUUGUGUGCAGCUUUACUCCAGCAUCCGCUUAUUCUUCUGCCCCUUUUAAUUGCUCUGAUACUACUAGUGUGUGCGAAUCCCUUAUUGCUUACAAGUUACAGUCCACUGAUACACUGUCAAAAGUUCAGUCCCUGUUUGAUGUUACUCUUGCAGAACUUACAUUUGAUCAAAGCUCAGCUGUUAAAGCUCAGUAUGCGUUUGUAAACAAGAGUUGUGGCUGCUUCCAAACUAAGAAACAAUAUCUGACUACAACUACAUAUACUGUCACGAAUAAUGAUGGGUAUUUGGCACCAAUGGUGGAGAGUGCUUAUGAAGGUCUUGCACAGUUGCCCAAUGCUUCUAGAAUUGCACACAUGGGAGCGGUGGUGACAGUGUACCUCCUUUGUGGCUGCUCGAGUGACGCUUCAAACUAUCUCAUGAGUUAUGUACUGCAAGAUAUGGAUACUCUUUCAUCAAUUGCCAGUAGAUUUGGAGUGAGCAUGCAAGAUAUCGAAACGGUGAACAAUAUCACAGACCCAAAUGUCCUUUCAACUGGAAAGGUUUAUUACAUACCGUUGAAUUCAGUUCCUGGAGUACCAUACCAUAAAGAAGAAGAAAUUUCUCCAACACCUUCUCCAGUUGCAGCUCCAUUGAAAGAAUUUUCAAAAAAUACCAAGAGUCGACUCUUUUGGGGAUGCUUAUUGGGGUUGAUAGGAAUUGCACUAGUUUUGAUUCUCACAGCAUCAUUGGUUUAUGCCUUAAGGCACAAAUUUGUCUGUUUUCAACAAGAAAAGAACAGUACAAGUAACAGUGCAGGACAUGAUGUUGAAAAAGCUCACUUCCUCUGUACUAUCAAAUCUCAAUUGUUUAUGGGAAGCUGUUUUUGUUGCCAUGGAGUGAAGAAUGGUCCCACUGACUUGAAUGAUGAAGAACCCACCGUGACAAAAGAUCUGAUGACUAGGAACUUCAAUGCGGACAAACCAAUAAUGUUUACAUAUAAAGAAGUUCUGGCUGUAACUAAUAAUUUCAAGGAUUCAGAACUUCUUGGAAAAGGUGGAUUUGCUUCAGUUUAUUAUGGAAUAUUACGAGAUCAGGAGGUUGCUAUUAAGAGGAUGAAAGCUACUAAAACAAAAGAAUUUCAAGUUGAAAUGAAAGUUCUUUGCAAAGUUCAUCACACCAACUUGGUAGAGCUGAUUGGCUUUGCAGCAAGUGAUGACGAGCUCUUUCUUGUCUAUGAAUAUGCACAUAACAGCUCAGUCUGUACUCGGCUUCAUGAUCCUCUCAGCAAGGGAUAUGCACCUUUGUCUUGGAACACCCGGGUUCAAAUAGCUUUGGAUGCGGCAAAAGGUCUUGAAUAUUUACAUGAGCAUACAAAUCCACAUUAUGUUCAUCGAGAUAUUAAAACUAGCAAUAUUUUGCUAGAUAACAACUUCAGGGCUAAGAUUUCAGAUUUUGGAUUAGCCAAACUCGUAGGGAAAACUGGUGAAGGUGAACCAUCGGUUACAAAGGUUGUGGGAACAUUUGGCUAUUUGGCUCCAGAGUAUUUACGAGAUGGACAAGCAACAAGUAAGAGUGAUGUCUAUGCCUUUGGAGUUGUGCUAUUUGAGCUUAUAUCAGGAAAAGAGCCAAUUGCAAAAAAUAAAGGGCUGUUGCCAACUGCACCAGAAAGGCGGUCCCUCAUUUCUAUAAUGUUAUCUGCUCUCCGAAGCUCCCCCAAUUCGACACAAAUGAACAGUUUAAAGGAAUGCAUAGACUGCAAUCUAAUGGAUUUAUAUCCAUAUGAUUGUGUAUAUAAGAUGGCCAUAUUGGCAAAGCAGUGUGUGGAAGAAGACCCCAUCUUGCGCCCAGAUAUGAAGCAAGUCGUAGUGACUCUCUCCCAGAUCUUGCUUUCUUCAAUGGAAUGGGAAUCUUCACUGGCAGGUAACAGUCAAGUCUUCAGUGGGCUUAAGCAUGGCAGAUGAUUGAACGCUUGGCCAGUAUCAUUCAUAUUAGAUUACUUCCAGUUUUUCACUGUAAGCCUUACUGUCUAUAUAAUAUAUAAAAAGGGUUUCAAAGAUCA